AUGAAACAACUAAUCGUGUUCAGCUUCUUCACACUCAUUGCCAAAGAUGCCCAAACCUUGCUGAUCAACCAAAUGGAUUGGAAGAACCUAAUCAAUAGCGGAGCAUUGGACUUGAAUGUGGUACAAUGCUUUUUACGUGACAAAAACUUUUGCCCGAGUCCCUACAUUGAGCAUCGGCUAUAUGCACCACAUGGUCCACGUCGUGGCAUAGCAUUAAAUAUCCAAAAUCCGAUGAGCUUGUAUCAAGGUGGUUUUAGUAAACAUCGUGAAACAGUUUUCAUAGUGCAUGGUUUUAAUGGAACGGCCAUCGAUAAGCAUCUUCAAUUCCUGAGGGAUGCUUAUUUGUCACGUGACUUCAAUGUGAUCACUGUGGACUGGCGACCUUUGACCCGUUAUCCCUGCUACCUUCAUUCACUGAUCAACACGCGCCUCACUGCCCAAUGCACGGCGCAAGUUUACUCCUAUCUCACCCAUUACGGUGCUUCACGUGAGAAAAUCACCUGUGUGGGCCACUCACUGGGCGCCCAUAUAUGCGGAAUGAUAUCGAACCAUUUGACCAAGAAACAAUAUCGCAUAAUCGGACUGGACCCUGCCAGACCACUAAUCGAACGAAAGAAAUCGACCAAGUUUCGUCUGUCGCCCGACGAUGCGAGCGUUAUUCAGGUGCUGCACACGAAUGCAGGAUUUUUGGGUCAGGAGGAUAAUACAGGACAUCUGAAUUACUGCAUAAACGGCGGUCGGGUGCAACCGUUUUGCAAGGGCCAUCCCAUUCGGCGAUCGCGUUGCUCACACUUUCUGAGCAUAUGCUAUUUGGCCACGGCAACUUUUAAGCAUAAGAAAUUCGUGGGAGUACCUUGUCCCAAUGGCUGUGUCCAUUUGAGUGGUCCCAAAAGAUUGCCGGUGAGCGGGAAAAUGAAUCCAUUUGAAUUUGUUUCACUGCUGAGAGAAUAUCACAUAGGCAACGAUGCCCCCGACGACGCCCGUGGAUGUAUUUGCAUAGAUGUGCCGUUUGCCAAGCACUGUCCAUUUGUGGAGGCGUAGAUUUUGCUUAGUUUUAGGUUAUUUAAAUUGAACACAUACACACAGAAAUAUACAGAAAAAGAAAACGAUGAUAGUACAAAAGAAAUUGUUUGAAAUUCAAAACUGGCGGGACUUAUCGAUAUGUUUUAAUAAUUCUGUUAUGUUAACAGUGCUCGCAAAUGAUGCUGUUAUUUAACACAGUAGUCACGAAGCUGUCAGCACUGUUCAAGUCUGCUGGUUCUUAGAGAUGGAAGAAUUUUUGAAAUUCAAGAUUUUCAAAUAUAUGUAUGCAAAAAUUUAUUAAUUCGUAACAUAACAAAUCAGCUUCCAACUUCUUGUUUUAUUUG